CAUGCCGAGCGCCGCGUUCGUUCGUCAAUCCUCUCCGCGUACGAUUUCCAGCAGACAUUCCACAACAACAAAACCACCACCASAGUUUUGUAAUUUCACCGGUUGCAGUGCUGCGUGCGCCGCUGGCCACUGCAUUUAUCAGUUUUCAGUGUUUGCACUUCAGUUUUUGUAUCGCGACUCGAGAGGCAAGGUGCUUGUCGUUCACGCUCGUUUCGUCUCCCGACUCUUCUACACUCGUCACCAGAGAUAUGUUUGUCUGGAAUUAAUGAAAGAAGAGGACCAAGACCAGUACAUUCCCCAAUAACUUCUACAUAAUUACUGUGACCACCAUUUACAGUUGUAAACAUAUAACAGCUACCUCGUCAAAUGCCACCUAAAGCUCCUGGUGCCUCUCAAAAGAGGGCCCCAAAGCCAAAUGGACCAAGACCUAUGGUUUCUGGUGAAAGCUCUAUAGUUCCUAAUCAGGUCCCAAUAGCAGCAGUACAACAAGGACUUAAGACUUUAAAUACAGGUGGGGAUGUACCAGCAUUACCAGUAGGCCGUGGAGCUAUAAGAGGUCGAAGACAAAUUGAGCUUGAACAUUUUAGGACUCCAAGACCUGAAUCUUCAUUGGGCAAAGUGGGAAAACAAGGAACUUCAGGGCAACCUGUGAAAUUGUUGGCAAAUUAUUUUCCGAUAACCUCAUAUGCAAAUUGGUGUUUAUACCAAUAUAGAGUUGAUUUUGAUCUAGAAGAAGAUAGAAUUAGUACUAAAAGAGGAUUAUUAGCUCAGCACAAAGAACGAUUGGGAGGAUAUUUAUUUGAUGGAACAAUGUUGUUUUCUGGAAGCCGAUAUGAUCCACCAACUUUUGAACUUACAUCCAAACGACGCUCAGAUGAUCAAAUUAUAAUAAUCAAAGUAAAAUUCAUAAAUGUAAUAGAGACUGGUGAUUAUGCCAACAUUCAAGUUUUUAACUUACUCUUGCGCAACUGUCUUCGUCAUCUUAAACUAACAUUGAUUGGAAGAAACUUUUAUGAUCCAGAUGCUAAAAUUGAUAUGGCUCAACAUAAGCUUCAACUUUGGCCAGGUUACGAAACAACAAUUGGCAGGUAUGAAGACAACAUAUUAUUAAGUGCCGAUAUAUCUACCAAAGUAAUGCGUCAAGAGACAGUAUUGGACUUUUUAAAUCAGUGUGCUAAUGAAAGAAAUCGUAACCAAGAUUGGAUGAUCAACUUUAAAAUGGGAAUUGUUGGUACUACAGUAAUGACAAAAUACAACAACGAAAMAUACAGAAUUGAUGACAUAGAUGAAAAUUCAGACCCUACUUCUAAAUUCCGGAAAAAAGAUGGUUCUGAACUAUCCUACAUGCAAUAUUACAAAGAAAAAUGGAACAUAACCAUUCGUACGGCUAAGCAACCAAUGUUGAUUUCAAAAAAUAAAAGAUCCAUACGAACAUUUGGUGAAGAAGAUACGUUGGUGUAUCUUGUUCCAGAGUUGUGUAUUAUGACUGGUAUAACUGAUGCCAUGAGAAAUAAUUUUACACUUAUGAAAGAUAUGGCAAUACAUACCCGCGUUAAUCCCAAAGAACGUAUGAACCGACUAACAAAUUUUGCAAAUCGUCUUCUCAAAACACCAGAUUCUGUGAGUGAAUUGAAAAGAUGGAACCUGACUUUGAGUAAUAAGCUUGUUGAACUAACUGCUCGUACUUUACAACCUGAACCAAUCCAAAGUCGUUCUAAAGGAUAUAACGGCGGAGAAGAAGCAGACUGGACAAAACAUUUACGCUCUUUACCAAUGUUCACCUCUGCGAUGGUGAAACAUUGGGUUAUUUUAACUCCUAAGGACUGUUAUCGAGAAGUUGACUUAUUUGCACAGACUCUGGCAAAGGCUGCUCAAGGGAUGACUUUUACAUUACCUAAGCCUGCGAUAGUACCAAUGAACGAUGGAAGAUCAAAUACAUUUUUAAUUCAUUUGGAACAAGUUAUUAAUGAAUCUAAUCCGGCAUUGAUUUUAUGUGUUAUUCCAUCGGCACGUGGUGAUGUUUAUAGUUUGAUUAAACGGAAAUUAUGUAUUGAUAGAGCUGUACCAUCCCAAGUAGUAUUGUUGAAAAAUGUGCAAAAAAACAACUUGUCUGUAUGUACAAAAAUCGCCAUUCAAAUAAACUGCAAACUUGGAGGUGCUCCUUGGCUAGUUACCAUUCCUAAAAAAGGGAUGAUGAUAGUUGGUUUUGAUGUGUGCCAUGAUAGUCAACGGAAAAAUAUAUCAUUCGGAGCGUUAGUAUCAACCAUGGACGACACUCAUACAAGUUACUUCAGUUGUGUAGAGCCUCAUGAAAGUGGAGAGGAACUUUCUGUUCAUUUCGCUACUGGCAUAACUAAGGCCUUGGCCAAGUAUAGAUCUAAAAAUGGGGUAUUACCUUCUUCCAUUAUCGUAUACAGAGAUGGUGUUGGAGAAGGUCAAUUAUCACAUGUCCAUAAAACGGAAGUUAGACUUUUUAAGACUGCUUGUGAACAAGUUUAUGGACCAAAGUCUGUCCCAUUUGCAUUUGUUAUAGUCACCAAACGUAUAAGUGCAAGAUUUUUUGCACCUACUAAGAAUGGCCCUGAAAAUCCUCGACCUGGUACAAUAAUUGAUACUGUGGUUACAGACCCAACCAAGUACGAUUUCUUUUUAGUUUCACAACAUGUAAGGCAGGGUACUGUAACUCCUACACAUUAUCAAGUAAUUGAAGACACACUUAGAUUUCCUCCUGAUAUUAUGCAAAGACUUACAUUCAAGUUGACCCAUAUGUACUACAAUUGGUCGGGUACUGUGCGGGUUCCUGCUCCGUGUCAGUUAGCACACAAGUUGGCAUUCCUCACUGGUCAGACCCUCAGACGUUCUCCCCACAUUGGAUUAGAUGAGUUGUUAUACUAUUUAUAACUAAAUCAUUUUGAUAUGUCAUUCAUAUUUCAAUAAUUACUACUCUUAUCAACUUUUUUAUAUGAAGCCAUAUUUAAAUACUUUUAUUUUAUUGAUCUUUUAAUAGUGUGUAUUGAUAUAAUUCCAUUUUUAUGUUAAUAACUGUUUUGAGGUGUCGCCUAAUAAUUAUUAACUCUAACAUCUUAUAAUUUAAUUU